AGGAAAUUCACACGCGUUGUUUAUAUAUUAGUAAAGGCUGAAUUUGUUGAUAAAGUCUCUACCGAGGUUCAGAGGAAGAAUCGCGAUGGCAGGAAUAACGGAUUCUGCGAAGGAAAUGAGUCUUAAAGAAAUAUACACAUCAGAAAAGACAGGAAGUGAUGAAAGUGGCGAUGGAACAGAGGGGAAACCAUUCAAGACUGUGUUACAGGCUCUGCGCCGUGCUGGGGGUGAACCGUUCCCCUCAAUCUACGUGGACGGGAAGGAAGAAGGGCAGACAUGGGAGCCUGUAGCUAAAGCACAGCUGAAAAAACAAGUCAAAAUCUUUCAAAGGGAGCAAGUCAAGGCUGCCGACAAGGCUAAGAAAGAGGCUGAAGAUGCUGAAAGACGAGAAAAGAACUUGGAAGAGGCUAAAAAGAUCACAAUACAUCAAGAUUCUAGUCUACCAGAAGCAAAGGGGAUAAAAAUCCGAGACAGUGUGGCCAACCGUGGAGUGCGGGUCAAAGUUCAUGGAUGGGUCCACAGGUUACGACGUCAAGGGAAGACUCUAAUGUUUUGUGUUCUGCGAGAUGGUACAGGCUAUCUACAGUGUGUGAUGAAUGACAAAUUAUGUCAGACCUAUGAUGCUGUUCUGCUUGCCACAGAAGCCACGAUCUGUGUGUAUGGGGUGAUCUCUAAGUUACCAGAGGGAAAAACGGCCCCAGAUGACCAUGAGAUGGUGGUGGAUUUCUGGCAGGUUCUCGGUCAUUCCCCUGCUGGCGGGGCAGACAACCUACUCAACGAGGAUGCUCUUGUAGACGUACAGCUAGAUAACCGCCAUAUGAUGAUACGUGGGGAAAACACAUCUAAAAUCCUGAAGCUGCGUUCUGUGGUGACACAAUGUUUCAGGGACCAUUUCUUCAGCGGUGGAUAUUUUGAGGUGACGCCCCCAACGCUAGUACAAACACAGGUGGAAGGUGGAUCCACACUCUUCAAACUCAAAUAUUUUGGGGAAGAGGCAUAUCUGACCCAAUCAUCACAGCUGUACCUGGAGACGUGUAUACCCUCCAUGGGGGACGUGUUCUGUGUUGCCCAGUCAUACAGAGCAGAACAGUCCAGAACCAGGAGACAUCUGGCAGAAUACACUCAUAUAGAAGCUGAAUGUCCGUUCAUCACCUUUGAUGAUUUAUUGUUCAAGUUAGAAGAUCUUGUCUGUGAUGUAGUUGACCGGGCUUUGAAGUCGCCAUUUGCUCAUAUGAUCAAAGAUCUUCAUCCAGAAUUCAAGCCUCCUAAAAGGCCGUUUAAACGCAUGGAUUAUUCAGAAGCUAUAGAAUUCCUCAAAGCCCAUGACAUUAGGAAAGAAGAUGGAACAUUCUACGAGUUUGGAGAGGACAUUCCGGAAGCCCCAGAGAGGAAGAUGACAGACCAAAUCAACGAGCCCAUCCUGCUAUGUAGAUUUCCUACAGAGAUUAAGUCAUUUUACAUGCAGAGAUGUCCAGAGGACAGGCGGUUAACCGAGUCGGUGGAUGUAUUGAUGCCAGGUGUGGGUGAGAUCGUUGGAGGGUCCAUGAGGAUUUGGCAAAAUGAUGAGCUGCUGGAGGGCUACAAGAGAGAGGGGAUUGACCCUACCCCCUACUACUGGUACACUGACCAGAGGAAGUUUGGCAGUUGCCCACACGGUGGCUACGGUCUGGGAUUGGAGAGGUUUUUGUGUUGGCUGCUCAACCGUCACCACAUCCGUGAAGUCUGUCUCUACCCACGAUUUGUAGAGAGAUGCAAGCCUUAAUACAUCACAGAUCUUAUGAAAAGAUUAUUAGAAAUACUGAAUUAGGACUUGUUUAUUUUUACUGUCCUGAGCACAUCGUAAGCGGAGAAGCCUGUGUCGUUUUGCAGACAUUUGUAUCGUAUGAGUUUGUCAUUUUCCAGCUUAGCUUGUUGGCUUAAAUCUAAAUUUUGACGAGUAAAAAAAGUGGCUCAUAAGGGUUCCCUGAGCCCAUGAAAAUGGAAAGAGUAUUUUUGGUCUUAAAAGCUGUUUAUUUGCAAACGCAAACCUAGAAAUUUCUAUUCUAAUCCUCACGCUGAUUGUUGUUGAUAUUCAUGCCUUGCGUUUAGCUUGAUUUAAAAAAUGCAGUGGGACUUCUCACUCCAUUAACAUGCAACAAAAAAUUAGUAACGGUCGACAGCUAAAUCAAAAAACAGAUAAAGUGACCAAAAUGCUCAUUUUUUCAGAUGAAGUUUCCUAAUUUGUUGGCUAUGGAAAUACUUCUGGAAUUCAUUUUAAGGCAAACUAAUCUAUUUAAAGGUGCAAUGUACUUGAUUAAAGAUCUGUGUUAUAAGCAUAAAUUCUCAUGUUCAUGAAAUGGCUGACAUUUUGUACAUUGUUUAUUUGUUAUGGGCCAUCCUGAUUUUCUUAUCUUUGGUAUCAAAUUCAAAUAAUGGAAUGGACAGAGAAAAUUGAUGUAUCAACUAUCUGUCUCUUCUCUAAUGUUAAAUUAUGACACAUAAACUAUCCUAACCAGUGUACAACAAGUUACCUGCAAUAAAUUCAACUCUUACUGUUAUUAUUGGAUCACUGGUGAUCUGUGAAGUUACCUGUUAUGCUUGUUUCCAGUUUAGAAGUGCACCAUAUGGUUAAGGAUCAGUGUUUAAAUUAAACCUCAAGCUUAUGCACUUAACCUGCAAAAGUAGUGGCGCAAAUCUUGACCGGUUAGUUGGAGAGGUGUUAUUGGAUUAAUUUAUCUGACUUCUUGAAAGAGGCUACACCUGACAUUUUUAGCAAACCCGUAAAGUAGCAUUUUGCUGACUAAACCUGAUUGCUUCUCAAAGCCUUUCAUUAAAGUAUCUGUGACUAGCCAUUUAAGUUGUAUUUUGUGAAGGCUACAACACAUUUGACAAUAUUGAAAGGAAAAUAUCAACAUGAGUUGCAAACGAACUUGUGUCAAAAAUACUGUGCCUUAGGUAAGUGUUUAAGUCUUCAGCCUAAAAGAUUGCAAUCUUUUCUCCACGAUUAAGGAAAUUACAGUGUAUUUUGGACCUGUCCUACACUCACCUCUGUGAAUGUCCAAUUACAUGAAUCUUGUCCUAGUCAGUUAGAUGCACUGACCAUUGGUGCAAAAAUAAGAUUUGUGUAGAAUAAGAGAUGGUGCAGGAUGUCUAGGAUUUCUAACGCACAUGAGGUGAUGAUAUACACGCAAGAAACAAAAUGUUACUUUCCGAUUGUAUAUAUAGGUGCAGUUCUGUAGGUGCCUUUGUCAUGACAAAUACUAUUUUAAAUUCUAUCGGUAAAGGCUUAUUUAUAUCUACUGUCCACUGGUUAUCGUUUUGGUAACAUUUCCUAAACACUACAGCCAUGUUACACUUGUGCAACAGCAUGGAACUAUUUGCUCCGUCGUAUGAUUUAAACAAUUAAUUCAACUUUUCUCUCCCAAUUUAUCCAAUUGAUAGGACUGACACGUGAGCACUAAGAACCUAUGUGAUAAUACAAAUAUGCAUGUAAAUCCUGCUUUGCUUUAUUUCAUAUGCAAGGUCUCUCAGUUGGAAUAAAAGAGUUGGAAGUGCAUGUGUAUACAAUGCUGUAUAUGCGUGUGAAGGCUACAGCUGAGUUUAUUCUCACCACUUUGAGCAGAUUUAGUUAGUGUAACGGUAUCCAUGAAGCGCGGUAGACGGAGUUCUUAGUGACUCAAAGCUUGUGCUAUGAGCAGUUCAUUUACAAUUAAAACCUAUAAAGUCAUUUUUUGACCAAAAAGAGCGUGCAGUUUUAAUUUAUCAAGUGCUUCCUGAAAAAAUGUUUUGUAUAAUGAGGCCUAUUAGUAACAUUGUACUGUGCUUGUUAGUGAUAUGCAAUGUGCUGUAGAAAGAGUUUACGUUAUAUAAAACAACCCACACUGUGAGAUUCGUACAGUAUGUCUAUAAAAUAUG